CGGCAUAUUCCGAACCUAGGGUCCAACUCAGAUUCACGCUCAAUUCACAUUCUCUCCCACAAUCUCAGGAACUGUACAGUUCAGAUGUGACUCAAGCCCACCACUCUACUAUUCUUGGAAUCUAAAAGAAUCCUGGUCGCGGACCUGUUUUUACCCCAGAGUCGAACCUUUUCAACCCUCGACCCCUCAACGGACAUUUGCAGAUGACCGCGAACCUGGUUGCAAGCUGCCGAACAUAAUCGAUUUCCACUCCUCAGGACCUUCUCAAGUCUUCCUAUUAACGAUCAUGAUGUCGCAGGCCGAGAUCUUCGCUGAAGCGAUCGUUGGCAUGAAAAAGGCCCUCAAAAGGAAAGCCUACGACUCAGAUUCCGACAGUUCGAUUGAGCAACUCACGAAUCGAGGCAACAAGCUGCGGAAGAAAGCAAGAUUUGUACAUGAAGGCCAAUUGGCGCCCCCAUCAGGUCCUAAUGUCUAUAAGAGAACUAUCGACCAUGCGGGCUAUCAGCGAGAUAUUAUAAGUCACAAUCCUGUUCUGGUGGACGAAGAUGGUUCGGAAAUAGCAAGCGACGACGAGGGAGAAGUUGCACAAGCUGCGAGGGCCACCGCCGCGGAAUUUGACCCUUACGCAGAUGUGCGGAUUGAGCAACUUCUCGCGCCCCUCACUGCAGCUUCCGAUUUACCAGAUCAUCCAACGUUGUCGAAACCUUUUACCUCGAAAACACUCACAGAGCUCACGAAACAUGCUGGCGACAUGGUGCAGAAGGAGAAGGCUUCACUUUGGAGGAUCAAGCAUCUUCUCACAAGAUUGAGCGGCGACAACACGUGGAUACCCUGCGAGAGCGUAGAGACAGAGAAUGACUUCUCUCUGUUCUUAGAUGAGCGGUAUCAAGGCCACGGUCUACUCAAGAGGGGCACUGUAAGGGACGAAGCCGAUCAGGGGUCCACAGGAACAAUGGCUUCAGACGAUGUGGAUCCUACAGCCAGAUUGUUGACCAUGCAGGCUCAUGCCAACGAAUCAGCUGAAGAAGGCUCCGGGAACGGCAAGCAGGUCGUGAAUGAGGAUGUUCAAAUGACCUCCGUCAUAGAAAACGCAGCUCCUGAACAAGGAGCUCCCUUACCAAACGGAGAGCCAAGUCUUGAGGGUCCUUUAACUUCUUCGAAGAUGGAUCAGUUGGUGGAAUUACAAGGAAACGAAGACGCGGAUGGAUUAUCUGCUCAACUUCCCGGUGGACCAUUGCCUAAGACCUCAGAUGAAGCUGUCGAUGGAAAUGCAGACAAUGUGGAUGCAGACAUGAUGGACACCGAGGAGGGCGUACCAGUUCCUACACGAAUGCGGACACGAGCGCAGGCCCAGGCAGCUUCAGAUAAUACAGCUAGGACAAGGUCGAUAACGCCCGAAGCCGGCAACGAGGAUUUCAUACACCCUUACUUUCUAGCACCGCCUUCGUCUCAUCCAGACCGUAAUCUUGGUUUACCCCAACAUGAAGCAGACGAAACUCGACGACUACUACAACUCUACAUACAGAAGCAAGAAGAGGUCUGUCGUGGUGCGGAAAAGGUAUACAGUGGCUUGUUAAGAGCAGAUCGAUAUCGAAAACUCGUUAUGAAAUGGGCGAAAGCUGAAGUUCACGUCAGGGACAUGUCAGACGGAGAAGAUUGGUACGAAAAGGAGGAAUGGGGUCUUGAUGAAGAUCUCAAAAAGGGACAGGAUGAAGAGGAAGAAGACGCUGCAACUACUGCCAAGAAGACAAGAACGAGGCGGCAAUAGUUGCAAUUCAUUAUCAAGGCUUUAUCUUUAAGCAGGGCAUGGCGUGGAUAGUUUUACUGGCGUACCGAUAUCCAAGGGCAAAGGGCAUUUUAGGACGUUGAUUUUUUAUGGAUUAGCAACACAUAUACAGAGUCUAGCGUAGACAACAAACAUUUACAC